CGCUGAAUGCCAGCUGUUUUUAAGCACACGUGCGGCGAGUUUAGAUUCUUGGAGUCUGUGUCUGAUUUAAUGUUAAACUGCUUAAAUAAGUUAAGAAUAUGCCGGCAGCUGUAGCUACAGGUGUGCAAAUCAAUGGUUCAUUGAAAAACAAAAAGAUUGUAUUUAAUGACGAUGGCGAGGCUGUGACGAAGCCCAAGUGGGAGAAGCACAACAACAAUAAAGGUGCGUCAAAUGGGCAGGUGAAAAAGCCGCAGAAAAUUAAAUUCGGUGAGGAUGAACAUGCGGCAGAGAAGGCUGCAGUAGUAACAAGUGUGAAAAAUAAAAAGAUUGUCUUCAAUGACGAUGGCGAGGCAGUGACAAAGCCCCAGUGGGAGAAGCACAACAAUAAAAAAUCGUCUAAUGGACAGGCAAAAAAGCCACAGAGAAUUAAAUUUGGGGCUAAUGGCGAUGCAGAAGAGAAGGCCGCUGUACAAACAGGCUCCAGAAACAAAAAGAUUGUCUUCAAUGAUGACGGGGAAGCUGUGGCCAAGCCCAAGUGGGAGAAGAAUAACAAAAUCAAGCCACAAAAUAAUAAAAAUGCGUCAAACAGACAUGUUAAACAGCCGCAGAGAAUUAAAUUUGAUGACGCAGAAGAGGAGGAAGUGCAGCCUGUAGAGCCUAAGCCGAAGGCAGCUAAAAAGGGUAACCAUGUAGUCUUUAAUAAUAAAGGGGAAGCAAAGAAACCGCAGCGCAUAAAAUUCGACGAAGAUGGCGAAGAAAAGGAGCAAGGAUCAGAGAGCGAAAGCGAAAAUGAAACGGUUGAAGGUGCGCAGAAGAAGCGGAAGAAGCAACAGUUCCAAGUGGACGAUUACGACUCACAGAAGAAAUGGUAUCAAGUGUACACGGAAUAUCCCAGCAGUGAUGAGGUGCUGGACAUGAAGGAGAACGAUCAGCUGGAGCUGUUUAAUCUGUGCAAAGCCGCCUUUGAGUCAGAGAAGACAACAUUCAAUAAGCGUAAUCCCACGGAUGCUCGCUGGCUGCAAACGGCGUUACACAAGGGCACAGCCAAGGAUCGCGCCAAUGCAGGUGCUCUGCUUGUGACCAGCAAUCCGCUGGGCAACCUGGAGGCGCUCUCCAAUCUGAUUGCCUUCUGCAAAAUAUCCAACAAGAGCAGCAACGAUGUCAUUGCCGUGCUCACGGAUCUGUGGCAGGAGGUGCUGCUGCCGCCGCAGCGUAAACUGCUGGCCAUACACACGCGCGGCGCCGAUUGGAAGCUAUUGAAGAAGCAGGAUUUGGCCAAGGAGCAAACACGUCGCAUCUACGCCUAUUGGUACUUCGAGAACGAGCUGAAGGAUCAGUAUCACGAGUACUUAAAGAAUCUAAUGCAGGGCCUGCAAACGGGCCAGGAACACAACAAAACAGCUGCCAUUGUGGCCGCGUCGAAGCUGCUCGCCUAUGCACCAGAAAAGGAGCAAAUGCUGCUCACGAUGCUCAUCAAUAAGUUGGGCGAUCCCAUCGCCAAAAUCGCCUCCAAGGCGCUGCAUCAUCUCACCGAGGUGGCCCAGAGGCACCCCAACAUGUGCGGCGUCAUUGUAGCCGAGGCCGAGAAGCUGCUCUUCCGCAACAACAUUGCCGAGCGUGCCCAGCACUUUGCGCUGUGCUUCCUCGCCAGCAUAGCGCCGUCCGGACGGCCGGAGGUGUGCACCAAGUUGGUCAAUAUAUGCUUUGCUCUAUUCAAGGUGCUCGUGCAGAAGGGCGCCGUCAACAAUCGCACCAUGCAAGCGAUUCUGCGCUGCCUGCAGAAGGCCAUCGUCGAAGCGCAACCGGCCAAAGGCAGCACCGAGCUGCUGACCAAGGAGAUGCAGGACACCAUCUAUAGGCUGGUACACCUGGCCGACAUACGCGUCUCGGUGCAAACGUUGGGACUGCUGCUGCAACUAGUGACAGUGAAGACCGAGAAAUCGGAUCGCUUCUACAAUGCGCUCUAUGUCAAACUCCUGGAUCUGAAUCUGAUCAACAUCGGCAGCAAGACCGCAGCCCAGUUGCUACACAUUGUGCACCGCGCCGUCCACAUAGACAAGCAUGUGGCCAGAGCGCAGGCAUUCAUCAAGCGCCUGCUCCAGCUGGCGCUCUAUGCGCCGCCCAACAUGUCCGCUGGCUGCUUGAUCGUGCUCCACAAGCUGCUGCGCAUGCGCCGCGAGCUGGUGGGUGGCAUUGGAGACAUCGAAAUGGCGGCGAAUGCAAAGCAACUGCUGCCCGCUGCUGCAGCUGAGGAUCUGGACAAGUUUGGCAGUGAUGGUGAGGAGGUGUAUAAGGAUGCCGAUGUAGAGCAAAAUGAGGCGGAAGUGAAAGAGGAAAAGGAAGAGGAAAAGCAAACUGUAGCCAGCUCAUGGCAUCAUGUGAAUCUUGUGGGUACCGAGUCGAAGGUGCGCGAGAUUGAUGCCUGCAAAUAUGAUCCCUAUCAUCGAGUGCCGGCCUUCGCAGGCGCUGGUUAUGCGCUGCGGAACGAGUUACUGCUGCUGCGCCAGCAUUUUCAUCCCACGGUGCAGGUGUUUGCUGAGAACAUACUGCUAGAGAAACGCAUUGAUUACUAUGGCGACCCAUUGCGUGACUUUGGAUUGCCGCAUUUCCUGGAGCGUUUCGCCUUCAAGAAUCCCAAGAAAUUGGACCAUCAGCAGGCAGUUGAUGGCGCCGCCAGCGUUGCCCACAAACGAUACACAUCGUUCGGCGCACGUGGCAAGCCCGUCAAGUCACUGACCAAGGCAACCUGUACAGAGGACGAGAUGUUUAUAUUCAAUUAUCUGGAGCAUAAACGCAAGCAGGUGGAGCUGAUGGAGCAGACGAAGAAGCAAAAGAAAGUGGAGAAAGUGGAAUCAACAGAAGCGGCUGAUGAUGAGCUGAAAGAAGGUGAAGUGGAUGAUGAUGAGUUUGAAUCAUAUUUGGAUGACUUCUUUGGCAAGAAGCUGAAGAAGGGCGCGGAUGGAGAGCAGGACGAAGAAGAGCUCAAUUUCCUGCAGGAACUGGGUGGGGAGCUGCAGACUGAUAAGUCCAAAAAGAAGGAUAAGAAGAAGAAACAAACAGAGGAUGAUGAAAUGGAUGACGAAUGGGAUGAUGGAGCGGAGGAUGAAGAUGAUGAGGAGGCCGAUGAGCUAUCAGAUGCAGCGGCAGAGGAUCAGUCAGAUGAUGAGACGGGCUCAAUCGAUUUGGAGCCGAUUGACAACGAUGAGGACGACGAUGAUGAUGGCGAUGAUGAUGAAGGUUUGAUAAUGGGUGACGAUAGUGAUGACAGCGAAGGUCCUGAAAGUCCUGAUGAUGAUGAUGAUGAAGAUUCGCCACCCAAGAAGAAGAAAUCACGCAAAGAUGGCGCCAUGGAUGAACGCAACUUUGCACAGAAGCUGAAGCACAGCGACGACAUGAGCUCUCUGUUUGCUGCUGCGGACGAUUUUUCAGCGCUGCUCGAGGAGACUGGCAAAACCAAGGGACAGGGCACCAGCAAUGCGGUCUUCAACAAGGACAAAUCGUCUGAUAAACAGCUGAAAUGGGAGGAGAAACGAAGAUCGAAUAGCAAAACCUACACAAGUAAAAAGUUUGGCGGAGGCAAAGCUAAGAAAGGAGGGGGAAAGCCAAAAUUGGGCAAAAAGCGAAAACAUUAGCAUGGAAUUGAGAUGAAGAGCGGAAAUUGCGACUGGUUUUAUAUACAAAAAAUCUAAUUG